ACACACACACUCUCACACACACACACACACACACCUACACAAACACGCAUGUCCUGUCAUCUCCUGUUUGGUUCGUUGCUGCUACCUGACGGAAACAUAAUUAAAUAACAGAGCUGGCGUGAUAUGAAGGGGGCAGAUUUAGAGGGAUUUUCAGAGUGAAGAGUCUGCCUGUUUCACUCACAUGUAGCCUGUGAUCGGGUCUGUGUGCUGGAGUGGAUGACGCCUGUUGAUCCGUCCAUAAAUGCAGCACUGGUGCAGGGUAAGAGGAAGAGGGGCUCUUAUGUCAGAGUUUUAGGAUGGCCAGUGAAGGCUCCACUAUUCCCAGCCCCGUUGUCCGCCAGAUUGACAAGCAGUUCUUGAUCUGCAGCAUAUGUCUGGACCGCUACGAAAACCCCAAAGUUCUGCCCUGCCUGCACACCUUCUGUGAAAGGUGCCUGCAGAACUACAUCCCGGCCCACAGCCUCACAUUGUCGUGCCCAGUGUGCCGCCAGACCUCGAUCCUGCCGGAGAAAGGUGUGGCGGCAUUACAGAAUAACUUCUUCAUCACCAACCUGAUGGACGUGUUGCAGCGAGCGCCCAACAGCUGCAGCCAGGAGACGGCCGCUCUCAACAACAUCACCACUGUGGCAGCAGGCCAGUUGCUCUCCUGCCCCAACCAUGGAGGCAACGUCAUGGAGUUUUAUUGUCCACCUUGUGAGACAGCCAUGUGUCAGGAGUGUACAAGCGGUGAACAUGGAGAACACCCGACUGUGCCUCUUAAAGACGUAGUGGAACAACACAAAGCCUCAUUACAGGACCAGCUGGAUGCAGUCAAGAAAAGGUUACCAGAGAUCGACUCAGCCCUGCAGACACUUUCCGAGAUCCUGCAGCAGCUGACCAAUCAGAAAAGCUCCAUUGAAGAGGACAUCCAUACUACCUUUGAUGAGUUGCAGAAAACCCUCAACGUCCGCAAAAGUGUUUUGCUUAUGGAGCUGGAGGUCAACUACGGCCUCAAGCAGAAGGUGCUCCAAGCCCAGCUGGACACCCUGCUGCAGGGCCAGGAGGGCAUCAACAGCAGCUGUAAUUUCACGGAGCAGGCCCUGAGCCAAGGCACAGAGGCCGAGGUGCUGCUGGUGAAAAAGCAGAUGAGCGAACGUCUCAUCGAGCUGGCCGGCCAGGAGCUUCCUCUGCAGCCCGGAGAGAACGACCAGCUGGACUUCAUUGUGGAGACAGAGGGCUUAAAGAAGUCCAUCCACAACCUGGGCACCAUAGUAACGACUAACGCUGUGGCCUCUGAGACUGUGGCUACUGGUGAAGGGCUACGGCACUGUGUGAUGGGUGUGCCCAUGUCCAUCACCAUAACAACUAAAGACAAAGAUGGAGAGCUGUGCAAGAUGGGCAACGCUGUCAUCACUGCUGAACUCCUCUCACCUGAUGGUAACAAAGGUGAAGGAGAGAUACAGGACAACAAGAAUGGCACUUAUGAGUACCUGUUCACAGCUCCUAAAGAGGGGACCUUUAACUUAUCGCUGCGUUUGUAUGACCAACACAUCAAAGGAAGCCCCUUUAAGAUAAAAGCCACCAAGUCCAUAGAUGUGUCGCAGGGUUCAGACGGCAUCAAGAAGAGGCUGAAGUCACCGGGCAGCGGGCACAUCAAGCAGAAGGCCAUCAAGAGGCCGGCCAGUAUGUACAGCACAGGAAGGAGGAAAGAAAACCCCAUUGAAGACGACCUUAUCUUUAGAAUCGGCACUAAGGGAAGAAACAAAGGGGAGUUCACUAAUCUGCAGGGAGUGGCUGCCUCCUCUCUGGGAAAAGUGCUGAUUGCAGACAGCAACAAUCAAUGUGUCCAGAUUUUCUCCAACGACGGCCAGUUCAAAAGUCGUUUUGGCGUCCGUGGCAGGACUCCGGGUCAACUGCAGCGGCCGACAGGUGUGGCGGUCCACCCCAACGGUGACAUCAUCAUUGCCGACUACGACAACAAAUGGGUCAGCAUCUUUUCCAGUGAAGGGAAGUUUAAGAACAAGAUUGGCUCGGGGAAGCUGAUGGGUCCUAAAGGCGUGUCGGUGGACAGGAACGGCCACGUCAUCGUGGUCGACAACAAGGCCUGCUGCGUCUUCAUCUUUCAGCUCAACGGCAAGCUGGUCACUAAGUUUGGUAGUCGUGGCAACGGUGACAGGCAGUUUGCAGGUACACUCAAUGGUCCUCACUUUGCUGCUGUCAACAACAACAAUGAAAUCAUUGUAACAGAUUUCCACAACCAUUCAGUCAAGGUGUUCAACACAGAGGGGGAAUUCUUGCUGAAGUUUGGAUCUAACGGUGAGGGCAACGGCCAGUUCAACGCCCCUACAGGAGUUGCGGUGGAUGUCAACGGAAACAUCAUAGUAGCAGACUGGGGCAACAGCAGGAUACAGGUGUUUGAUGGCAGUGGUUCGUUCCUCUCCUACAUCAACACAUCAGCUGACCCGCUCUACGGCCCGCAGGGUCUGGCUCUCACCUCUGACGGACACGUUGUGGUCGCCGAUUCUGGCAACCACUGCUUCAAAGUCUACCGCUACCUGCAGUAGCCCUAAUCUCCCCUCAAUGCACAAACUGUACAGUGUAUAUAUACAUACAGACACAGACACACACACAGACACACACACGUUCACACACUAGUACGAAGCAACUGGCAGAUUUGCACUCACCCAUUCAUCUUUGAUUCGUGCUGUUGUUGUGCCAUCUGUUCUCCGAGCGUCUGUCCUGCCUGACGCUGAAGGAAAAAAAAGAGAGAGAGAAUUUGUGGUGUGAAUGAAGUGAAAGGAACUCCGAUCUUCACAGGCGGCCGACUGACGCUGUGAGGAGUCACUCAUCAUAACCCGUGUUCACAUUCCAUCUUAACUUUGCCGAUUUUGAAAAAUAAAAACUUAAGUGUUGUACAUAUGUUAGACCUUUUUUGAUUUGUAGUGACAUGGCAGUUGUAUUCAAGUGCGAGAAAACUGGAAAAAUAAUGCUGUUAUACUUGUCUCUGGAGAUACUGGUUGGACACUGUGUUAAGUUAGACUUAAAUCAAAAAGUAAAGAAGUAGUCACCUGACAGAUAAUUAUAACAACAAUAAUUGCAGCUUCUUCACAUCACAUUUUGCCUGUUUACCUUGCAAGAAAUAAGUAUUGCACAUAUGUAGGUAGCAGGGUAUUUUUAAGCAUGAUUAGGCAUCUCAGUGCAUGCAGUUUUUACUAGUAAACACCAGACAAGCUACUGUGCACAAUUUAGAAAGUAAUAUGUUCCAGGCUGAUACUUAAAAACAUCACCAAAAAAAACCUUUCAAUCGAAGCACCAUUAAAUUAGGACUCUUCUACAUAUAUGUAAAAAAAUGACUGCUCGAUGUUGCGUCACCUACUCAAAAUUGAGCCACAUGUGUGUUUAUUAAAUAACUUCUUCUGAUUUGGUUUUACUAUACUGUGCGUGUGUGCGUGCGUGCGUGUGUGGUGAUCAAUUAAGGUACCAAACAUAAGCCACUAGAUAAUGUUGCUGUGUGCGUGUGUGUGUUUACGCACAUGUGUGUUUGGGUGUGUAUGAAGCCUCUUGACAUCUUGACUUACAAUCUGCUGUGAUUACAUGCAAACAUCAUACAAGUUGUUGCAGAGUUUAAAUAAUUUGCUACACAAUAAAUUGCAGAAGGUGUUAUUGGUGCACUUGCUGCAAUGUAGAUUUAAUCAAACAUCAAGGCUGUGAUCACCUUCACUCCUUUCUAUGUGCUCUUAUGUCAUGAAAAAAAAUCUGUAUAAGUACUAAGAAGUUGUAAUUUAGUAAAAAACGAUUCUUCUAUCCUCACAAUAAAGAUGCGAGAUAUAGUUCAACAGUUGUUGUUAAAUGCACUGUGCUACCAUAAUGACCGAAAACAGUUUCAAGCACACAGUUCUAAUUAUCCUGAAUUUGGCCAUCCAUUUUCUACACAAUCGUGUUAAAUUAUUUGUUUUCCAUUGUCUUGUUUAUAUUUGUAAUGCCAAAUGGAAUUAAAGUGCCCAUAGCAA